GCCCUUUUUCUUUUCCCCAAUUAAACCUUAACUUCGAUUCCAAGCUUGGCAUUUGCCAAUCGUAUCCCACAAAGGGCAUAAUGGUAAAUUAAAAAACUCCAUCCUUGAGAACUAGAUGAGUUUCACUUUCAUUUCUGAUCAGAAUUCCCGACCAAACCAAAGCCAUCAAUCAAAAUCUUAAAGAAAAUUUUCUUUUUCUGUGUACAAAAGAAGAUGCAUUUGACAUUAUAUUGGGGUAAAAAUGUAACCCUCCUCGUUGAUUCAUGGAAAACCGAUUCAUGGCUAAGUUACCUCUUCACUCUACUCGCUUGUUUCCUCUUCUCUUCCUUUUACCAGUACAUGGAAGACCGCCGCCUCCGUUUCCGAUCCCUCUCUUCCUCCUCCUCCUCCGCCGUUCCUCUCCUCCCCAAAUACCAACGCUCUGCUAAAUUCGCGACGGCCGUGCUCUUCGGUGUCAACUCAGCAAUUGGGUAUCUCCUAAUGUUGGCCUUAAUGUCGUUCAACGGCGGCGUUUUCUUGGCCGUCGUUUCGGGACUAGCUGUUGGGUACUUGUUUUUCAGGCUUAUCGACGAUGAGGAACCAUGGGUGGUGAUCGACAACGCUUGCGCUUGUGCUUGAUAUAACUUCAUUUUUACCAAUAUUUUUUUCUUUGUACAUUAUACCCCUAUUUCUUGUACCUAUAAUCAACGUUUCAUCGUGAUUAGCGUUGAUUAUUAAUGAGCUUACAAAAUACGAAAAUUAAUUAUUGAAUUUACUUUGAUAAA